AUGUGUGCACGGUUUAUAAAAGUCUGCAUUUUUAUUUUAAUGUGUGCGGGUUCGACUUUUACCCUGAAGGUGAUUUUUGAAAGAAUCCGAAUAACGUACUUAAAUGAAGAACUUGUACAAUAUGCCUUCGUAAACGUGUCGCGAUAUGAGAGAAAAGGCGACUACUACAUUAAUUUUGAAUUUAUAACGAAAUACCCGUUUUCCAAAAGUUUAAUGAUACAUCUGCUGUUCUACGAAUAUGUAAGCUACCGGUACGAGCGCAGCUUUAUUGAGUUUCAUUACAAUUUAUGCGAUUUUCUAACGGACCCGCUGAUCGGAGCGGAGUUUAAAAAACGAGGAUUAGAAUGUCCGAUAAAACCAGGCAAAUUGUACUCUUACAAGAAUUUUACAGUAUAUUUGGACGACUUUCCCAACGUCUUCCCAUAUGAAAAAGGUUUAAUCAAGUUUGAAAUUACCUUGAUGGGUUCUUCUAAUAACACGCCAAUAGCAGAAGCGUUUCUUCAUCUCUCAUUCAAAAACAGAAAUAAAGCCACAAAAAAGAAUUUAACAGAAACACAUUGA